AUGACCAGCGCGGCGCCGAUGAACCCCAAGAAGAUGAAGGUGAGCGAGCUGCGCCUCCAGCUCGAGUCGCGCGGGCUGAGCUCGAAUGGGCUGAAGACGGAGCUGAUCCAGCGGCUGGAGCUAGCGCUGGACGAGGAGGAGUUCGGCAGCGAGGCGCAGGAGAUGGAGGAGCUCAAGGUGCCGAGCCCCAAGAAGACCAAGAAGCCCGAGCCCAAGAAGAAGGCGGAGCCCGAGGCCGAGGCCGCCAAGAAGACCAAGGCGAAGGCUCCCUCCCCUGUGAAGAAGGCGGCGCCUCCCAUGACGGAGGCGGAGAAGCGCGCGGCUCGUGCGGCCAAGUUCGGCAUCCCCCUGAGUCUCGAGGACAAGAAGGCCCAGCGUGCGAAGCGUUUCCACCUCCCCAGCGCCGUCGCGGAGGAGGAGAAGGCGAAGCGACUCAAGCGAGCGGAGCGAUUCCACCUGGAGACGAAGGAUACGCUCGACAAGAAGAAGGAGGCGCGUGCCGAACGCUUCGGCCUGAACGCCGAAGAGAAGCGGCGCCUGGAGCGCGCCAAGCGCUUCAACCUUGAGACCAGCGAAGUGGUACGUUCGUCGUUAGCCCCGCUCUUCGAGGAGAAGCGACGAAAGCGCAUGGAGCGCUUCGCGGCGGCCCCGAAGUGA